CAUGAACAAACUUACCACGACGACGAGCAUGAAAACUCACGAUGCUCAUGUAAUAAUGCAAAGACUUCUACCAAUUGCACUAAAAGAGAUGCUUCCUGAACACGUAUGGUCCUGCAUUACUGAAAUCAGUUUGUUGUUUCAAUCGAUAUGUUCCAGCGUUUUGGAUGCGGCAUCCCUCCGGAGACUACAAGAGUCUGUUCCCAUUCUGAUGUGUAAUCUAGAAAAAAUAAUGCCUCCAUCGUUUUUCGAUACAAUGGAACAUCUUAUAAUACAUCUUCCGUAUGAGGCUUUGACUGCUGGGCCCGUCUUCUAUCGCUGGAUGUACAGAUUUGAAAGAUUUCUAGGAGAGCUGAAAAAGAAAGUGACCAACAAGGCACACGUUGAGGCUUCAAUUUGUCAAGCGUAUCUUCAACAAGAAAUCUCAACGUUCUCGUCUUUUUACUUCGAGCGUGACGUCAUCACCAGAAGGAAGAGACCUGCCCGGAACGAUGACAUUGGCGAGGAUUUAUAUGAAAAUGUAGUUUCCAUCUUCAAUUACCCAGGCAGAGGUAAAGGUGCUGCGACACAACGAUACAUCCUGGGUGGGGAAUUGCAAAUUGCACAUACUUAUAUCCUCAUGAAUUGUCCAGAAUUCUCACCGUUUUAUCAUGAAUUCAGAGCUUCUUUAUCAGCCUUUCCUGAGAAUCAAAUUGAUGCAUUGGUAGACUCUGAUUUUGUAAAUUGGUACAAGUAUCAGAUCAAUAGUCGUGGGAUUGUCGACCCUUUGUUAGUAUCAUUAGCGUGGGGCCCUAGUGCCAAUGCCAAAGUGUGGCGGCAAUAUGUGAUAAACGGUUACACAUAUCACACAGCCGAUUACGGAGAGGGCCGACCAACAACGAACAGCGGGUUAUGUGUCCCGACCAUCGGUUAUGAUAACUCAGAAACCAAUUUUUUUGGUGUCUUGCAGGAGAUUCUGGAACUUGAGAUGCCUUCUGGUGCGAACAAAUUGACAUGCGUUCUGUUCCGUUGCACAUGGGUCGACCCCACACGUGGCGUGCGCAAAAAUCCGAAGUAUAAUAUGAUUGACGUCAACCACUCUCGUGUGUACCUGAAAAAUGAGCCUUUCAUACUCGCCCAACAAGCAGCGCAGAUUUAUUAUGCAGAAUAUCCUUCAACAAGGCGGACACAGAAUCCUUGGGUGUGUGCAUGUCCUGUCCGUCCGAACAAAAUAAAAUCACAAACUCAACACAAGGACGUUGAUCUAGAUGCUUUUCAGCAACAAUUUUUCCAACCUCCGCCUAUUGUUGAGACGGUCAACUAUGACAUCCAAUUAAGUGAUCCAAAUGGCGGACGUGUUGAAGUCAUGCCAGAAACGCACCUUCCGGACCCAACCAUUCCAUCUGAGCGCGAAAUUGAGGAAAUGUAUGUAGCACAACAAAACGCUAGGAAAAAGGUGAAUGGAUAGACGGUUCAGAUACAGAAGAAGAUACUGUAUAUGUAGAAAAUGACGAUUCUGAUAGCGAAUAAUUGUGCUGUUGUAAUUUCAAUUUUAUUGACUUCUAAUAUUUGUGCAGAUUUCUUCAUUAUUAUAUUACUCCAUGAUAACCGCUUUCGCGGCGUUGUAGUAAAACGGAGUCUAACCUUUCGGUUUUUCCCCG